AUGUGGCUAUUAUGUUUCAUCUUCACCCUUACUUCAGCGAGUUCUCAAUGCUCCACUUAUAAAUGCAAUACAGGCUACACUAAAGGCGAGUGUAUUACAGAAUCGACAGGAGAAGACGCUUCAAUUGCCUACGAUCAAACUCUUUGCUACCCUGAAUAUGUAUGCACACCUUCCGGAUCAUCAACUAAUUGCACCCUUCGCCAACCAUCUGUGAAUUACCCAGGAGAAUUUUGCAGCACCAACAGCCAAUGCACGAGUGGUAGCUGCGACCAAGCAACAUUUGUAUGCAAAGGAUUAUCAGUUGGCCAGCAAUGCGUCAAUCCUUAUGAUUGUGGGCCAGGUAUGUAUUGUGAUAGCGUCAAAAAGGUUUGCACCAAUCAAGUUAAGUCUGGUAGCGCUUGUUCCCAGAACAACGAUUAUCAGUGUGCGAAUGGGUUAAUCUGCAUUAAUCUAGUCUGUACGUCUCUCUUUUCUGUUGCUACUGGCAAUCAAGUAGAUAAUGAUUUUGUGAACGAUGAUACAGGCUUUUCAACAGCCUGUACUUCAGGCUAUGCUGUAUAUGACGAAGAUAACCAAUUUUAUACAUGCACUAAAGCUCCCCAUAGUGAAAAUGCACUUCCCAUGAAAUGCACACCUGGCUCUAAAUGCGUCUCUUCAGAUUUGCAUUCCAAAAAUUGCACUUGUGGCAUUAAUCAGAAUGGAGACAGCUACUGCCCACUGUUCGAAGGAGAUAGUUACGUCCAAAGCAUGAUAACGUCUUGGAAAGCCAUAGCUCAACUUAAUUCAGGCUGCAAUAGCUACAGAAGGUGGGGAUACCAAUGCUUUGCCACUCAGAGCAUUGCAAAUCAAAUACAGUGGUACACAUGGGCAGCUAAUUAUACGCUUUAUUAUAAUGAAUUAUAUCCUCUAAUACAAGAAAACCAAGAAUGCACAAGACAGAUAGAAACUUCUAGCUAUUGGAAUAUUAUGGCAGCUCUUUCAUCGUCUUCAGCAUCAAUUCAAUGUCCAGUUUAUUUCUGUGGAACUGAUAAAACUAAUUGGGGUGCUGAGCAAUGUAUUUUCUAUGAAAAGGAUGUGCUUAAUUAUAAAGUCACUGACAUUCUUUCUUUAAACCCAUGCUCGACUGGGACUACAUGUCCAACUUCGCAAACCAGCCAAAAUUCUACAUGUACAGCUUCUACUACUCAGCUUUCCUAUGCUGGCGAUUACUGCAAGAAAAAUGAAGACUGUGCUUCAGGGACCUGCAAAAAUAAAGUCUGCUCAGGAGCAGCUCUGGCAGGUGCCUGCACAAAUGUUCAAGACUGCAAUCCAGGUCUUUACUGCAACACCACUACUAAAGUAUGCGAUGCUCAAAAAGUUGAAGGCGUCAACUGCGCUUCUGAUUAUGAGUGCUUGAACAACAUGACCUGCAACCUUGGAAUUUGCAUUCCUUAUUACUCACUGCCAGUAGGUAGUGUUACCAAUAGUGUAAACUCUGCAGGGUUCUCAAGAGCCUGCAAUUUCGGCUUCGCUAACUUAACCACGACCACAGCUCCAUUGAAAGGAAUUUGUGCUAAGCCUCCGGUGUCACCGAGUACAGGUCCAAUCCAAUGCCAGCCUGGUGCUAAAUGUCUUGAUAAAACUGGAACUUAUUCUAAAAUCUGCACCUGUGGGUUGAACGAGUUUGGCACCGCUUAUUGUCCAUCAUUUGAGGGUGAUAUAUACUUAAAGAACUCAAUUAUUCAUAUGAAAACACUUAUGACGAAAAACAAGAUUUGCAACACUGAGUCAAGGUUUGAAGAAAGAUGCUUUUUGAGAGACCUGAACAAUUUGGAAACCUAUUAUUUCUAUGUGACUAACUUCACGAUGUAUUUACAACUUCCAGCUCUUCAAGAGAAUACUGAGUGCGUGAAGUCGAUUUAUACGGAGGACUUUUGGAGAUGGAUGAAAGAAUCAUAUGACCAUUCGGCAGGGAUUAUGGCAACUCUGGCUUCGUUGUUGGCAAUCCAGGUCUUUAUUUAG